UGACGGAGUGCGGUGAUGAGGAUGCAGUGAACAUACCAAAUAUCUGUGCAAAUAAACCGUGCUGAUCAUGCUAGUGCCAUCCGAUAUGAUUGCCGCGCAGUCAAAGAUGGUGUACCAGAUGAACAAGUACUGUACGGAUCGUGUGCAGGUGCGCAAGGCACAGAUCCACAAGACCAUCCAGGAGGUGUGCCGGAUAGUCCAGGACGUGCUGAAGGAGGUGGAGGUGCAGGAGCCGCGCUUCAUCUCCUCACUCAAUGACUACAACGGCCGCUACGACGGCCUGGAGGUCAUCUCGCCGACGGAGUUCGAGAUCAUCAUCUACCUGAAUCAGAUGGGCGUCCUGAACUUCGUGGACGAUGGCACACUUCCGGGAUGCGCCGUGCUCAAGCUGAGCGACGGCCGCAAGCGAUCCAUGUCACUCUGGGUGGAAUUUAUCACAGCUUCGGGCUAUUUGUCUGCACGCAAGAUUCGCUCUCGCUUCCAGACACUCGUGGCUCAGGCAUGCGAUAAAUGCGCUUAUCGGGACAUCGUCAAGAUGAUCGCUGACACCACCGAAGUCAAACUUCGGAUCAGGGAGCGGAUUAUCGUGCAAAUCACGCCGGCGUUCAAGUGCGCCGGCCUCUGGCCCAGAUCCGCCUCGCACUGGCCACUGCCCGGCAUUCCCUGGCCACAUCCCAACAUCGUGGCCGAGGUGAAGACGGAGGGCUUCGACAUGCUCUCCAAGGAGUGCAUCGCGCUGCAGGGCAAGAACUCCGCCAUGGAGGGCGACGCCUGGGUGCUGAGCUUCACGGACGCCGAAAACAGACUGCUUCAAGGAAGCUGCAGAAGACGCUGUCUCAGCAUCCUCAAGACACUCCGAGACCGACACUUGGACUUGCCGGGAAAUCCCGUGACUUCUUAUCACAUGAAGACGCUUUUGCUGUACGAGUGCGAAAAGCAUCCGCGGGAAAUUGAGUGGGAGGAGAACGCCCUGGCGGACAGGAUCAACGGGAUCUUCCUGCAGUUGAUCUCCUGCCUGCAGUGCCGCCGAUGUCCGCACUACUUCCUGCCCAACAUGGACUUGUUCAAGGGAAAGUCGCCGGGCGCCCUCGAGAAUGCGUCGAAGCAAGUGUGGCGCCUCACCAGAAUAAUGCUCACCAACACGAGAUGCCUGGAGGAGCUGUAGAGGACAUGCAGUGAGAGUGAAGGUGGUGAAAUUGUGUGAUUCAAAAGUGGUGAAAGAAAAGGAUAACCGAGCAAGAAAAAAAAGGUGAAUGUGAGGAGCGCAUGUUAUCAGUUUUUACUAUUAUUAUUAUUGUAAUAAAAGAAUGACAAAAGGUGUGUGCAAAUUUGCAGAAAAUGCCUAAUUUUCCGUCGGCAGAAUAACACAAUCGGAAGAAGAAUAUAAUUUUUAUAGCCAACAAACAGUCACGAAACAUUCCAAUCGCAUUUUUUUGCGUCGAAAAGUAAAUCAAUCAGUCGACAAUUUUUUUUCUCUCUCUCUCGCUCGUAUUAAAUGUUUGUGACGAAAAUGUUGAAAUUUCUCGUUUGAUUUAGUUAUUGAGGAAAUCCAUUUGCAAAACCACACGGCAAUAUAAUAUUUGCUUAGGAAUGCUAAUAUAGAGAGAGAAGAAAACCUUUGAAGAAAUCACGGAGGAUUUUAAAGAUAGCGGAACAAUUCAGUUGAUCAUGCUUUUCACAAGACAAAAUUCUAUUAAUACACGAAUUAAUUUGAUGAAAAAUGCUUCUUUCUAUUCUGAAUAAAUUAAAGACUUGCGUAAUAGAGGUAAUAAAUCAUUUUCACUUGGUGUAAAUAUUGCAUGAUGAAUCCAAUGUAGAGUUUCAAUAAGUCAGUCCCAAUUAAUAUUCUUCAACUCCCACAUAGAGAUAUUCAUUGAAUUUGCGAAUAGUGAAGUGCUGAAGCAUUGAAUGAUCGCGAUGCUUGGCAAAUUGCGUGAAUAACCCUGUCUGACUAUGAGAAAAACUUAUAAAUUACUACCUUUUAUCUAUUUUAUAAAAAUAUUCUCGCGUAUUUAUUCUGUGAUUAGGAAGAUAUUUAUAUGCCUAUCUAGCGACUUUUUCCUACUUUUCCCUCCCGCGCGAUCUGACGAAGAGCAAGAAAUCUUGAAGAAAUAAAGUAUAUAUUAUGAUUAUGUGUUGCAAAACUUGUGCAGAAGAAUUGUAAUGCAAAAAAAGUAAAGACAUGACAUUAUAUUCGAUAUUUAGAACUUUCCAUUCUCUUUUGUACAUAAAUCUAUGUUUGUAUGUAUAAGAAUUAAUAAUAAUGAUUCAA